AUGGGUUUCAGAGGCAGAGGAAGUCACAAAAAAUUUACUGCCAAAGGAAGGUCUCGUUACAUAGCUUCCGUUGAUGAGAUCAUAGCUAGGAAUAAGGAGCUUUCUGAGCCCGAAUCUGAGCACAAAUCGGACGAGGAACCCGAGUCGCCAAACGAACCUGACGAAUCUCAAGAAUCAGACGAGUCUGAGUCAGAAUCUGAAUCGGAGUACGAGCCUUUGAUUGAAGUAUACAACCCCAAUAAAACCAGGAAAAGCAUAGAGAAAACUGGGAUAGUGGAGUUAAGCAGACGUGAACGGGAGGAGCUGGAAAGACAAAAGUUCGAAAGGGAGAAAAUGAAACUUAUGGCGCAAGGGAAGUUGCCAAAAGCGAAGGCCGACUUGGAAAGGCUUGCUAAGAUAAGGAAGCAACGUGAGGAGGCCAUGGCUCGCAAACUGGAGAAACUGAAGCUAUAG